CGGAGGGGCGGCGACCGCCACCGUCUGCGGCUGGCCGGACGUGGUUGGAGUGGAGGGCAGAGGUCGGAGGUCGUGCCUGUGCGGAAUGUUGGGGUCCCGCCCAUCUAAGCCCAGGAGCGGGCAGCGCCCGGUUUUCUUUUUGUCAGCGCCUGUGUGGGGACCGCCCUCCUUGCACGGAAAGGGCUCAGAGGGAAACAGGCCUUGGAGCCGCCGGGGCCCCUGGCAGGCCCUGAGCUCUGACGGGGAGAGCCGCCGCCUCCCUCCUCCGGGCCGGCGGGUCCGUAGGGUGCGGGCAGGAGGCGGUGGGCGGCACGGUCGCGCCGGGGGGCCCUGGCUGUCCCCGAAGGCGCCGCUCCCCUGGGCUCCGAAGGGCCCCACGCCAGCGGUUCCGAGGCUGUCAUUCCCCGCAUUUGAGCUCUCGUUUCUGGAACCUCAACUCGGACUGUUCCGAGAGGGGAAAGCGGUUAAGAAAAUGAGGCAGAAGGAAGUGUUAACCAAGACCUUCCAAGGCCCAGCCAUUGUCUGUAGGACUCCAACCAGCCACGUUUACAUGUUUGAGAACGGUGGUGGGGACUCGGGGGACUCCUCUGAGGAAGAGUCCCACCGCGUGGCUCUGCGGCCCCGGGGCAAGGAGCGCCAGAAGAAGGGUGCCCACCACCCUCACCAGCCAGGAGCAGGGGACGUGGUGCUGCUGCAGCGGGAGCUGGCCCAGGAGGACAGCCUCAACAAGCUCGCUCUUCAGUAUGGCUGCAAAGUCGCAGAUAUCAAGAAAGUCAACAACUUCAUCAGAGAACAAGACUUAUAUGCUUUGAAAUCUAUUAAGAUUCCAGUGAAAAAUCAUGGGAUCCUUACAGAGACCCACAAAGAACUCAGACCCCUCCUGAGCCCAUCCUCAGAGACCAGAGUGACCUUCGAGGAGCAGCCAGACCCAGAUAGAGCAACUGUAGGCACCGGUGCCCUCUCCAGCCCACUGACGGAUUUCUUUAAGGGCAUUGACCAGAAUAUUGAACGCGCGGUGCAGUCAGAAAUCUUUUUAAAUGAAAGUUACUCUGUAGAGACCUCCAAUCAGCCGCUGCUCCCGACUUCUCCAAAGACCCCCACGAAUGGUGCCGACUGUGGAAUUCAGUGGUGGAAUGCCGUUUUUAUCAUGCUUCUAAUUGGGAUUGUUUUACCAGUGUUUUAUUUGGUCUAUUUUAAAAUACAAGCUACUGGCGAGAUCCCCAGUAGCUUGAACACAACUGCUGUCCCCAAUGGCUCAAUGAGCAUGAGUGCAGUUCCAGGGCAAGCCCCCAGAUUAGCAGUUCCAGUGCCAACUGUCCCCUCUGCAGACAGCCAGUUCAGUCCAACCACCCGGGCAGGGAACUAGCUCUUGUUUCUAAAGAAUCGGGCCAGUGUUAGCAUUGGGCCUCUUAAUGUGGAUCAUCUGACAUCGGCCAUAUCCUAGGGUGCUGCCUUUCCUUUUCUAUGACCUACGGACAUGUCUCAGAAGCCGCCGUUGUAUUCUCCAGAACAUUUGACCCUGGGGAAUAGGCUGACCUAAUCCAAGGCUGUGGGAGCCAAAACAUGCCCCCGCCCCAGCCCCCUACA